UUGUCUAUUUCCUCCCAAUCUCUCUCUCUCUCUCUCUCUCUCUCUCUCUCUCUCUCUCUCUCUCAUCGCAUCCAUGGCGAUCCCAUCGGGGCCGAGCACCCCUGCCGCGGCGGUGGUGGAGGUGGUGGAUGAGAUCAUGCGGCUCUACCGCUCCCUUCCCCGGCGACCGUCCCUGGAGGAGGUGGAGGCCGCCAUGGCCGUGCUCCGAAGCGCGAGAUCCGAGGAGGAGGCGCGGAUGGAGGAGGUGGAUCGGAUGCGGAAACCCCCGGAGGUCCCCGACGAGCUCUUCUUCGUCCUCAAGGAGGUCAGGAGGAACUUGAUCCUGCUCCAGUCGCAGGAGCAGAGCAAGGAGGCGUUGUACGUGGUGGAGCUGGAUAAGAGGUUUCAGGUGUUCGAUGAGCUCAUCCAGAGGGCCUCUAAGCUGGUCUCCUCCUCUUCCUCUUCCUCUUCCUCGGAAGAGGGCGAGGGCCGCGGAGGUGCUGGGGUUGAGAUGGAGUUGACUAAGGAGAUGGAUGAGAAGAAGGGGGAGUUUGGUAGUUUUAAGGGUUUGGAUCAUCGUGGUGGUAAUGUUCCCUCUUUGAGAUCUGAGGUCCCCGAAGGUGCUGACACAGAAAAGCUGAGCCUCAUCCAAGUGGCAAGCUUAAUCGAGACUAAAGCCAAAAAGGGCGCCGUCGUUCUUGACCUUAAGGGCAAAUUGAUGGAUCAAAUAGAGUGGCUUCCACAAUCACUUGGUAAAUUGCAAGAUGUUACUGAUCUUAAUUUAUCUGAGAACCGAAUUAUGGCACUUCCGUCAACUAUCGGCAGCCUACGCUCCUUAACAAAGCUCGAUCUCCACUCAAACCAAUUAAUAAAUUUACCUGAUUCAUUUGGAGAACUUUCUAGUUUAACUGAUCUUGAUUUGCAUGCAAACCGACUUAAAUCUCUCCCUAAUUCAUUUGGCAACCUAAGUAAUCUAAUCAACCUUGAUUUGAGCUCGAACCAGCUGUCCGUACUUCCCGACACAAUAGGAAACCUGACCAACUUGAAAAGGUUAAAUGUUGAGACCAAUGAGCUCGAAGAGCUUCCUUACACUAUAGGAUCCUGCACCUCCCUUGUCGAACUCAGGUUGGACUUCAAUCAGCUAAAAGCACUUCCUGAAGCAAUUGGGAAGCUAGAGUGCUUAGAGAUCCUCACAUUGCAUUAUAAUCGAAUCAAAGGGCUUCCAACUACCAUGGGUUCUCUUACCAAGUUGAGAGAGCUUGAUGUUAGCUUCAAUGAAGUUGAAUCAAUCCCCGAAAGCCUUUGCCUUGCCACUAGUCUUGUUAAGUUAAAUGUCGGGAGGAACUUUGCAGACUUGACUUCAUUACCAAGAUCAAUUGGGAAUCUUGAAAUGCUCGAAGAGUUGGAUAUAAGCAAUAACCAGAUAAGAGUAUUGCCGGACUCCUUUAGGCUAUUGGCGAGGCUUCGUGUGCUUCAUGCCGAUGAGACUCCCUUGGAAGUGCCGCCAAGGCAUGUGGUCAAAUUGGGAGCACAGGCUGUUGUUCAGUACAUGGCCGAUUUAGUUGCUGCGAGAGAGAAAGGCUAUAUGCAAACAACAAGAAAGGGAUUUUGGUAUUGGCUUUGCUCCUUAUGUCAGCCUCGCGGGAAGAAGAAUCAAGAGAUGGGUCUGGGCUCCGCUCCAGCUUAGUUUAUUUUUUUUUUUUUGGUCUAUAAAUUUUGUAAUGUUUCCUAUAUUUUGUCGAAAUGUGCGUGUAAAUGGAUUUGUCCGCCUCAAUCACUGCUAAA